AUGCCCUAUAUGGUGAAAAUGAUGGAGGAAAUUAAAAGAGAAUUAGCAGAUUUGAAAUCAAACUACAGAAAAGACACCUAUGCAAAAGUGUUAAAAAAUACAACAUCCGCGCCGGACUCCAUUAAUAAGCCUAGUCUGCAUACCAUAAUAAUUAGGCAUAAAAGCCAACAAAAUAUAGGAAAGAAUAAAGAGGAGGUGUAA